UGUUUAUCUUUUUACAACUGGUCAUAUUUAAUGGCCUAAAAUAAUCACGACUCGUUCAGAACAUGGGGACAAGCGUUCAUCGGACGCCAUUUUGAGAUACGCUGUACCAAAUACAAGCCUGCUCUGUGAGCGACGCUCAUUUUACGCCAUUCAAAAUCAACUGAAGUCAUGGGGUCCUUCCUGCUGAGGAUGUUUUUCUUUCUGAUUUGCGACCUGGACCGUGCAUUCCAAGGAGUCUCAGCGCUCGACUUUGUUCCCGUUCAAGACACGAAUCCCCACAGCACAAUGCACCUUUGGCGACCAAUUAGCGUCUUCUUCGUUGGUGACGCACGGUUCCGGACGCUACAAGACACAGUCGUAAUGCCAGACAACGUCACGGAGUUUUAUCUAUACUCACAGAGCAUGCUAAAUAUCCUCGCUUUCAUGUAUCGACAAGAGUUCCCAAGGUGUGACAUAAAGUUGAAAAGCAGCGGAACAUAUGCGAUGAACGACAAGGAAGCAGCCAUGUAUAUACCUCAGAAAACAAAUUUUUUCAAAGAACCUGACGAUGACAUCGUCGCCUCCGAUGACCUAGGUAGCUUGCAAGACUUCGUUGAGCAGAUCACUGCCGCGAGUUCUGCUGACAUUGUUGUUGCGCUGAUUCGGCAUACGGUUUAUGAUUUUCAAGAUGCUGAAGGUUUCCACAAUGCGUGGCACAACUACACUGCAAGAAUGUGCUCCGCGCAGAAGCUAGUCGUGUACCAGGACGUUCCCUACUCCUAUUCUCAUCUGGAUGAGCUGAUGACUGCAAUCCUAAGCUUGAUUGUUCCCUGGAGUAACGAGGAAACUACUUGCAGGACACUGCAGAAAUCCUACAGGGAUGCGCUCACCGGACAAAACGGACAAGUGUGCUAUAAUACGGCAGAUACCUGUUGCCCCCCUUUGUUUUUUGGAAUUUUCAAUAUGAGAAAACGUCCCUUUUGUGCCCAGACGCACUGGGUUACAACGUUCGAUCAAGAGGGUCAUUGCAGGACGCAAUGCUGGGAAACUGAGGACAGCUCAUUGACGCUUCGCUGGGUGGGCACACCCACAGGCUGGGUGUCGAAUAAAACUGCAACAUAUUGGACUCAUUCCCUUGUUUGUCCUCAACCAGAUGAUGAGGUCAGUAUUGAAUUUCAUAUUUUCUGCUUUUGAAAUCUUCUUUACCACGCAA